AUGGCCGAAGCUAUAAAACAAAAAAAAAAAGAAACUCUCCAAAAGCGAGCAAAUCGUGAAAAGGAAAAGGCACAAAAGAAAGCUGAAAUUAUACAAAAAAAAGAAGAACAAAUUCGUACAAAAAUGCUUA